AUGCAAUCAUCAACUUCUCUUUGUUCAAUAUCAUCUAUAGCAUCAAGUAAUUCGUCAACAUAUGCUUCUCGAACAAUUCUUGAAGCAAAAGAUUUACCUUCAGCUGCACCUCGAUGUCGAUCAUCAAUUAUAGCUUUUCUUCAUAAUGAUCAAACUAUUUUCUCACCACCUCCCCCUCCUCCUCCACCACGGCGUCGAUCACAACUUCUAUCAAAUAAUAAAUCUAUGUCUAAAUGUCGUCAUCUUUUUCGUACUUGUCUUUCUUCAGUUUCAUCUCCACUUUCUUUACCUAUUCAAACAAAACUAUCAGAUUCAAUUAAUCGAAAGCAAUAUUUUGCUAAAUUAUGUCAUCAUUAUCGAUUACUACUUGUUCUUAAUAAUUAUGAAUGUAAAUGUGGUUGUCAUUUUUCAAUGCAACAAGGUAGUUUUGUUAUCUUAUAUGAAACAAGAAAUGAAUUAUCAAUGUGGAAUAAAAAUAAACUUGUAACAGUUAUAUCAAAUGACUUAGUAUGUUCAAAAGUUCCAUCUGAAUAUGUUUGUGAUGUAGAAUUGUUACGUGAACGUGUUCGUUCGAGACAUUUUUAUAAUGAUGAUGAUGAUGAACAAAGUUUUGAUUUGUAA